GAGACGGGGCUGUUCGGGAACAUGGCUCGGGGACUCUUCCACCUGCUCCUCGACCAAUAUAAAUAUUUAAAUGAAUGCAAAUAAGCAGCCAUAAAGCCGUGGGAUGACCCAGGACUCAAAUGAAAGAUCAUUGUGUUAGUUAUGGAAACACACUGCAUAAAUGAUACAGAAGUUCCCACACACAUUGCACAUAAUAAAUCUAUUACAAGGAAAAGGAAUAUUGCUAAGCGAGAAAUUACCUGUGGAGAGGGGAAUUACAGUUUCAGUGGUCAGUGCUGCACGAAAUGUAAACGUGGUCACGUCAAAAGUAUUGACUGUCCAAAAACUCAAGAACAUUGUGUACCAUGUAAAUCUGGAGAGGAGUACAUGGAUCACAUCAAUGAUUUGGACGAGUGUAUGAGAUGUCGUUCAUGUGACAAAGCACUCGGUAUGUCUAUAGAGACAGCAACUCUGUUUAGAAGCAGGAUUCAAUUGAAAGAUCUCUGCAAUCCCCAAGUAACAGGUUUGGAGGUUGUAAAGAACUGUACCUCUACAGAGAAUGCAGAAUGUUCUUGUGCAAAGAACCAUUACUGCAAUUCUUCUCGGUGUGAACAUUGCGAGUCAUGUACUGUAUGUGAAAAUGGCCAAAUUGAAAAGGAAUGUACUUCAACUUCAGACACUGUGUGCAGAAUGCAAGAAGCAGGAAUGCCACGUUGGGGCACCGCAAUUAUUGUCGUAUUUGUCAUAUUAGCAGUUGCAGCAGGAUUAAUAUUCUACUUCAAGAGAAAAGUGAAUAAUUAUACUACCCAAGGUAACACAGCUGCAGCAGACACUGGAAAAGUUCAUUCUCCUGAGACUUUAAGACUCAUACAUAUAGAUGUUGACCUGACCCACCACGUCCCUGACAUUGUGAGGGAGAUGACACUAGAACAGGUCAUGACAUUUGUUCGUCAUCACCGUCUAUCGGAACCUACCAUAGAGGAAACUCUCCUGGAUAACAGCAAUAAUACAUCUGAACAGAAGAUUAAGCUCUUUCAGAAAUGGUACCAAAAACAUGGAAUGGGAGGAGCCUACGAAACCUUAAUAUGCAGCCUGAGAGAUUUAAAAAUGCGUACAGCAGCUGAUAAAAUUGAGAGAAAACUGAAGGCAGCUGUUUGCAGCCACCAGGAAAGGAGAGAAUCCUAUAAUGACAAAACUGAGCAAAGCAAUACCUGCAGUCAGGAAGGUGAAAAAUGCUACGAUGAUAAUGCUGAAAUAAGUAAAACCUACCCUGAGAGUUUGGAAGAGACAUAGCAUAGAAUCAUAUGAAAAUUAUUUCUGACUGAAUUAGUAUUUUUUUAAUACUACAAAUAACAAAGCUUCUAAAAGCCAUUUUGUUGGCAGCUCAGGGAGUUUUUCAGGGAACUUAUAACACAAAUGAAGAAUAGUUAGGAUUUUUGUAAAGGUAUGUUUCCUUUAAAAAAAGUCUUGACUGUUUAUUUUGAUUGUUAGGAACAGGACAGAUUUUAUGGCUUAUUAAAUGUAACAAUAGAAGAAUUCAGCUAUUGGACUUGUAACAGAAAGAACAAAGUAGUCAAUGGCAGAAAGGUUUAACCCAAAUGUGGUAGUACUGAACACUGACUCAAUGUAGUGCUUCAAUUACAUUACAGUUAUGGGAUGUUACAUUUUUGAAAGUGAAAACUCUGAUGUUAAAAGUCUAUGAAAUAUACCAGGAAGAAUGCUUCAACAACAACAAAAUAAUAAACUUUUGUAUAAUACACACCUAA